AAGCAGCGGCAAAAAUCCAAUGCGCCGUCUUCAAGGAAGCUUGAUACUUCAGAUUAAUUUGCUAACAUGCUGAACUAACUCCUUUUCUCGUGAAUGGCUGCUGUGUGCAUUCGAAAUGAAGCGUUUGGACGAUGCUGUGAUUAUUGCUACAGACCGGAAGACUGCAUUGCAAAAGGAGGCUACGGUACUGUGUACAAAGCCAAGAUUACUGAAGGAGGAGGUUUCACGAAUGAAAACAUCGCGGCCGUUAAAGUCGUUCAUCUGGAUCAGGGUUCGGAAAUCUUGGCCAAACCAGAGAACUGGAUGAAGCUGCGCAACAGCUUGAAAGGGUUGAUAGAUUUAUCCCACGACCACCUGGUGGCGUACCACAAAAUUAAGAUUACCGGAUCACUUGGGGGCGCAUCCAUUGAACUUAUGAUGGAUUAUUAUCCUGGAACAGAUAUGGAACGUUGGUUUGGGAAACUGCGGUCCGAAGGGUUGCUGCUCGAUGAAGCCGAAGCUAUCCGAUACGCCAUGCAAAUUACGAAAGGAUUACAAUUUCUGCACAAGGAAAAGAUCAUCCAUGCCGAUCUGAAGCCUAAGAAUAUCCUUGUUAGACAAAUGGAGAACGGUAACAUUCGAUUAGUGAUCGGUGACCUGGAUGAAAUCGUCAAAAUGCAGCGCGAUGUUACGUGCUCGCAAGAUAUUACUCGUCUUUGCGGAACUGUUCGCUAUAUGUCACCAGAAAUGCUGAAGCGUUUUGUAGACACGCAGAAUGCACCAAUUUCUGUUUUAACAGGAAGGAAAGUUGACAUCUGGAGCCUGGGUUGCAUAAUUCUGGAAUUAGCAGGCUACGUUAUUGGGAGGCACGAAAAACAGCUCUGCCGAGGACUUAAGACCAUUCAAGCAGGCUGCAAAAUUACUGACGCUUAUUUUGCAUCUUUAUUGGUUGAUGGUUACGUUCCGUUGGUGUCUGAAUAUGUCCCAGCAAAUUUGGCAAAAUGCAUUCGAAACUGCUUACAUGAAAAUCCGGCUGAUCGACAGGAUGCCGAUCAAGCGUUGCAGAGUUUAGUCGAAGCCGAGAAAGAGGCACCAAAGGAGGUUAUCGUAUUAAUCCACUGUGAAAACCGCUUCACAAACCUUGCGGUUCAAGUGCUGAUUCCUUCGGCAAAUAUCUUACAUCCGUUCCCACUACCAACGGAACUGCAGACCAAGGUUUUCUGGAGUGGAUUUGGUGAAUCCAAUAAUAUGGUGAUAUGUCAGGUAAUGGAUGAACCUGGAGCCCGAGAGUACAAAACCUUAGCGUGGGACCUUGCGGCAGAAAUGUGUUAUGCUGUCUCGCUGUCGGAUGGCUCAGCUCGGAUGACCUGUCCCAUAACCGUGCGCGACAAGGUCUACUUUUGGGAUUUGACCGGCUUGCAACCGCAGUUUAAAGCCGCUAUUAUUCCUAGUGGAGAAAUUCUGCAGAUUCCGUUUCAAAUUGCCGGUAAUGGUGAACCGGGCCACAUGUCGAGACCCUUUUUCGAGCGCGGUGUACGAUUCGGAAACAAACUUAUUUACAUUUUUGGACGGUCGUUUCAAUCAACAAAGUCCAUGUGGAUUGGCUACUUUGACACUGACACGUACACGUGGCACAACCUACCGGAUAUGCCUGGAGAGCGACGAGACUUUGCUCUAGCUGUGCUACAAGGAACUUUAUAUAUAAUUGGAGGUUUAACAGUUUCGAUAUGUGCUGACUAUCAUGUGUCAAAAUCCUGUUUGCGCUUAGAUAUUCAAUCACCCGAUGGCGGUUGGCAAGAAAUCCACGAUCUUCCACAGCCGCGAACGGGUCACUGUGCUUUUGUGCUGAACAACCGCAUCCAUGUAUUCGGUGGACGAAUUCUCUUCAAUGGUACCAGCAGCAUUUUACAGACAAUGGAAUUCUAUGACCGCGAUCAGAAUAAGUGGACCAAUAUACCUUUCAAGAACAUGGACAGCAGAAGCCACUGUGGCCUGGAUUUUUCAUAUGCUGUAAACCUGUCUUAUAUAUGGCCGGCUUGUGUGUAAGAAUAUUCAAAAAUAAUGGUGUUAUCAGGGCGGGCUUAUGAUUCAGCCCUUCUCUCAUUGGUUGGUUUUGGGUUUUUUCCUGUCUGGGCAUUUGCAUGCGCUUUGAUGGCUCUAUAAGGCAGCUGCGCUGCCUACAGAGACCAGUUGGUUCUUGGCUUGCGCGCAAAGCGCGGUGUGUGUCAGAUUUCGGCAUUAAAGCCUUCAUCCGGGUUUGCUUUUGUUUCGCCGUCGAUGGUCGAUGCGCGCCUAGUCAGCGCCAUCUGAUAUGGUAGCAGAUCACGGAGACGUUCGUGUGUUGCACAGCGGGCUUGCCCCGCUCACGGGCCACCUCUGAGUUGUGGACCAGAUCGCGUGAUCGCGCCCUGUGCCACCCCCGGGUACGGAGCUCACCCGCUCCUCCGGAUUUCCCGUCAGUCGCCGGAGCUGUGCCGUCACUCCCGCAGAACGCGGAGGAAACUGCCUCUCCCAGAAGGGGAUGGAGAUAUCGCCAAGCCAGAAGUGCAGCGAUGGACGGACAAACCCACAGCCACACCGUACCGAUGACGGAUGCCGACGGUGGACGCAACCCGGACCAGCAGGAAACCUGCGGACCCUUCACCACCACCAACAGCCACGCCAACCCCGAUCCCCACGGCCGGAUCGACCACCAUUACCACGCCGAGAAAUUCACCCCACCAAAACCCUGCCCGCCUUACCUGGGACAGCGACCUUUCCCCCGGCGGAGCAGUGGAAUUGCCCCACCGGAGCAGCGUAAUUUUGUGUUUGCAGGGUCAUGGCCGUACCUGUGCCCCAAACCCCUGCGCGAUUUUCCCCAGACGGUGACCUUUCUCCAGACGGAUAAAAUGCGGAAUCUACCGAUUUCCGCAUCCGACCCUGGAUUCUGUCGCGACAGUGCGUUGACCUAGGCACUGGACCGCGUGAAGCCGAACCAGACCGACCGAACCCGAGCCAAACCGACCGAGAACCACUCCUAAACCGAACCUGAUCCGAGCCGACCAAACCUGGACCGAGCCGGACCAAACCUGACUGAACCAGAUCCCAUACCGGACCACGUGAGCCGACCGAACUGGAACCGAGCCACCCGGUAGUACAGUCUAUUAGACAUAGUACAGGGACCGUACCGGUCCCUGUAUCCACUGUUCUUUUACGGCGCAUCACGCCAUUUACCUGCACUUCGCAGGAGCUCAGUGUUAGACCGUACAGGGAUAUCAGGGCGGGCUUAUGAUUCAGCCCUUCUCUCAUUGGUUGGUUUUGGGUUUUUUCCUGUCUGGGCAUUUGCAUGCGCUUUGAUGGCUCUAUAAGGCAGCUGCGCUGCCUACAGAGACCAGUUGGUUCUUGGCUUGCGCGCAAAGCGCGGUGUGUGUCAGAUUUCGGCAUUAAAGCCUUCAUCCGG